AUGGGAUGUUGGUGGGAGCAGGGACCGGUCAGUAAUAGAGACUCUAGUAAGAACGGAGGGGAAACGAAAGAGCUAAUCGCCCGGGGCAGACAGGAUAAAACAAAAUUAAAAAAGAAUAGUAGAAAUGGCUUAUGGAAGAAGAGGCUGGGAACGGCGAUAAAGCUUGCUGGGAAGAUGGGGAGGGGAGAGAUGGAGCGGGGGCUGUUCGGUCGCACACAGACCGUCACCGGUCGGACUGUUUGGCAGGAAGUACUUAGAGACUCAAAAGUAGGAUUCGGUAAUGAUGAACCCAAGCAGCCUCGCCGGAAUACACACGGGUUGAGUCACCGUGCCGGGGAUUCUAGACACUCCCAGUGGUUGCCAGCUCUUUGCCAGCCCGUGGCUGCAUUCCUGCCCGUAGUCACAGCCAUUCGCCUUGCCUUUCGCACAAUCUUCCCAGGGGCUUCUCGCAGGCAGAAAUUCUACUGGAUGAAACACGUCGAUGGGCCUGGAAAACUUUAUAUGGUCCGUGUAGAUCCCAACCCACAGCCGACAGCACCCGCCCGCCCCCCUCCGUCUCCCUUUGUCAAAAGUUUCGCGCCAAAGAAAAUUAGUCGCCCUGCUUAUAGUUAUGCUACAGUCCUGAGGAUAAGAGCUGAACAAGCGCUGGAGUGGAUGAUUCCGACACAUUAUUAUUCUUGUUCAUUCUGUGUUCUUGUCUUCCAUCCUCCACCAACAGCACUCCCGGCGCUAAUCCUGAUCCAGAGAGCACGGACACUGACUAGUCUGCAAGAGGAAUCGUCACAGCCAGUAAUCCAAGAGUGUGAUAACGGUUUACUACGCUAA